AUGGUGGCCUUCCAGGAGCCAUCUUUUGCAGGGCGAACUUCAAUGAGGGGUGUUAAAUAUUUCAGUAGCAGUCAUGGUUUUGAGCUCAAAGUCCUCCAUUUAUUUGGGAAAGGAAUACGGGCUGGGUUUAUCCCUUAUGAUGCCAGCCAAGAGAAAGAGAUGGAAGGUGACCCAGCUAAGGUGAAGCAGUUUGUACUGGACAAUCUUGGGAAGGUCCCUGAUGAGCUAAGAGAAAUUGUAGAAAGCACUGUGUUGGAAACAAUUAUAUCAGCAAGAUUGAGAUACAGAAAACCAUGGGAGCUGCAGUGGGGGAGUAUCAGCAAAGACAAUGUCUGUGUGGUUGGUGAUGCAUUGCACCCCAUGACACCAGACCUUGCCCAAGGGAGGUCUGCAGCCUUAGAAGAUGACAUAGUUUUAGUCAGGUGUCUUGCUGAAGCUUUGUCAAAGAAACCUGCAGGUUGUGUGCAGCAGACUGAAUGGAAUAUGAUGACCUUCCUGAGAGAUAAACUGUCUGCAUUCCUGGCUGGUGUGCUGCUGAAGAGAGCUGAUUUUGAUUAUGAAAUGGAGUAUAGUUUCUUCUUCUUUGAUGAUGUUUAUGAAUCUGAGAGGGUGUGA